AUGGAGGCGAGCAGAAGGAGCGGCGGCGGCAGGACGAACCUCGCCUCCUGCGUGGUGGCGGCGGCGUUCCUCAUCCUCGUGGCGGUGGUCCUCCUGGUUGUCUUCUUCCUGGUUUUCCGGCCAAAGGAACCGCGGAUCGCGGUGAACAACUUCCAGGUGCCGAGCUUCGCGGCAGCCAACGGCAGCGUCAGAUUCACCUUCGCGCAGUACGCCACGGUGCGGAACCCUAACCGCGCGGCCUUCUCCCACUACGACAGCACUCUCCGGCUGGUAUACGGCGGCAACCAAGUGGGGUUUAUGUUCAUCCCCGCCGGGGAGAUCGACGGCGGCCGCACGCAGUACAUGGCCGCCACAUUUGACGUCGGCUCCUUCCCCGUGCCGCCGGCGCCGCCGGGGGCUGGGAGCCUAGUGGUGGAGUCUCGGAUGAAUCUGAAGGGGAAGGUGAGGGUUCUGAGAUUCCUCACUCACCGCGUGGAGGCCGUGUCCUGGUGCCAGGUCGGCGUCUCCGCCGGCGACGGUUCCGUGCUCGGAUUCCGCUGCUGA